AUGGAAUGCAACAAGGCUGCGGCACUUAGGUUGAGGGAGCUUGCAGAGAGGAAGUUUGAAAGCAUGGACCUGAAGGGUGCCAAGAAGUGGGCCCUCAAGGCACAGGCUCUCUUUCCAGGGAUUGAAGGCAUUGAUCAAAUGAUUACCACCUUUGAUAUUUACCUUGCUUCAGAGGUAAAGAUUGCCGGGGAGAAGGACUGGUACUCUGUCCUUUCUGUGGACACAUCGGCAGAUGACAAGACUAUAAAGAAGCAGUACAGGAAGUUGCUUCUUCAGAUUCACCCCGACAAGAAUAAGUCAGUUGGUGCUCUCGGUGCUUUCCUAAAAGUCACAGAUGCAUAUAGUGUGCUGUCUGAUAAAACCAAGAAAGUGUUGUAUGACCGGAAGAGGAAGUUAGGGAUAUUCCGGCCGAAGACAUCUCGAUCAACUAAGGCAAGGGCAGCUCCUGGUGCUGUCCAUCAGACAUUUGAGAAAGUUAAGAGAAAGAGGGAGGAGAAACAAGCAGCAACAGGAAGGGAAAAUGCUGUUCAGAAGAAGCGCAAGCCUCGACAAAAACAAUCAAAUAUGUCACACUCUGUUAACCUUGGAACAAGUGAUGUUGCAUGUGGAAAGAAGAUGAGAAGUGUGGGUAAAGAUGCAGGGGACAAUUCUUUUAGAAUGCCAGAUGGAUGCGUUUCAUUUUCCACCAGCAGCGGAUCCUCUCAGUUUCAACAUGUUUAUGGUGGGUCCAAUGGGAAACAAAGAGCUCGUACUCACAUGAGCAAGACCUUUUCUAAUGCUGAAAUGAGAAGAAUUAUGAUUGACAAGACGAAGAACGAUUUGAUGGAGAAGCUAAAGGAGAUUAAAAGUAAAACAGUCGAAGUUGUAGUUGAUGGAAAAGCGAGCAACAAGCAAAUAGUUAAAGAACAUGUUGAGGCUAAUAAAACUUUUGCAGAUUAUUCUAAUGCAAAUGAAGAAGAUGGCCCAUCCUCUUAUAUUGUUGCUGAUCCUCAUUUCCAUGAUUUUGAUAAGGAUCGUACAGAGAGAUCUUUUCAGAGUGAUCAAAUAUGGGCUUUAUAUGAUGAAGAAGAUGGUAUGCCUCGCUAUUAUGCAUUUAUUCGGGAACCUAUCUCCUCUAGUCCAUUUAAUAUCAAAAUUAGCUUUCUUACCUCAAGGGCAAAUACUGAAUUUGGGUCUUUAAAUUGGGUUUCAUCUGGCUUCAAAAAGACAUGUGGUAAUUUCAGGAUCGGUAGAUGCGAAACCCGUGAAGUAUUUAACAUAUUCUCUCAUCAGAUUAAAUGGGAGAAAGGUCCAAGUGGGAUAAUCAAAAUUUAUCCACGGAAAGGCGACAUCUGGGCAGUGUACCGGAAUUGCUCACCUGACUGGAAUGGAGAUACUCCAGAUAAUGUGAUUCGUAUUUAUGAUCUUGCUGAGGUACUGACUGAUUAUGAUCAAGACUGCAGCAUUACUGUCCUUCCCUUGAUAAAGAUAAAAGGGUAUAGAACAAUUUUUCAGCGUCAUCAGGAUCUGAAUGUCAUCAAGAGGAUUCCGAAAGAUGAGAUGUUCCGGUUUUCACACCAGGUUCCUUUUGUUAGGAUGUCAGCGGAAGAAGCUACAAAUGUGCCCAAAGAUAGCUAUGAGGUAGACCCUGCUGCCAUUUCUGAAGAACUUCUUCAGGAGAUCACAAAAACAGUGGAGGAGGGGAAGGAUAUGCUAGGGGAAGAAGCUCCCAAUACCCCCAAAUUGUAG